AUGUCCGACUUCGAUACAAUCAAAAGCCAAUACUUACGGCAGAUUAGGCAGCAACUUAAGGACGUGGUUAAAAGUGUAGCAAGUCUUGAUCGGUCGAUUUCAGAAGCAGUAAGUGUGAGUGAAGAUUUUAAAGAGGUGGCUGACAUAUGGAAGAAUUUCUAUGAUCCGACGCUGUUGGAUAAGCUGGGGGAGGAGUACGGGAAAAAGAAAGAAGAAGGGAAUGAUGAUGUGAAUGAUGAAGAAGAUAAAUAG